ACACAGUAUAAAUAUAUGUGAUAACCAGCUGAAAAUAAACACUUGAGACACGUAGAAGCAGACAGUCGACUCCUCUGUUAACAUCAACAGACCUUGUGACAAUGGCUACGGAUAUGGGAGGAUGGAGUGAGACAAAGGACGCCACUGAGGAAACCCAGACGAUUUGUGAUCAGGUGAAGGACCAAGUGGAGAAAAAGACAGGCGAGAACUAUGUGGUAUUCACAGCAAUUAAAUACAGGAAUCAGAUUGUGGCUGGAGAGAACUUCCUCAUCAAGGUUGAUGUUGGAGAGGACUACAAUCAUCUGAGCAUCUAUCGCAAACUUCCACGUAAAGUAGAAGAGGUUGUGCUGCGUGGUGUCGAGCAGCACAGAACCAAAGACGACCCCCUCGAACCUUUCACCAACUGAUCACACAGCCUGUUAAAUCAACAGUUAAACACUACAGGCUGCAGUCUCAUGUUAAAGUGCUCUGCUUCUUUAUUCUGAAAUGAUUUGGCGCUGAUUUUAAAUGUAUUAACACACUGAGAUAAAGAUAUUUGGUGUUGGGAAACAGCAGGUAAAUGCACUGCCCUCUACAAAAAUAAUAAAGAUUAAAUCAUUAAAAUA